GAGAUGAAUCGGCAAGCUUUACGAAGGAGGAGAUGCAGCAGGGUAAACAUCAAGAGUUUGAAAAGAAGCUUCAAGACCAUUACUUAGGGAUAUCUUCGUCUGAAAAAAAUAGUAGCAGCAACCCAAUACCUACACCACAACCAGCCACCUCAGGAAAUACCACUUCAAGUUCUAGUAAGCGUUCAGCAUUGGGUGGGGGUAAGGAGAAUACGGCCCCAAAGGAACAGCCAGCGGCAGCCCUCACCCCAGAUCCCGACUCAGGCGAGGCAUGGCCUUCUCUCCACGCAAUAGCCACCAAAGAAAGUAAAAAAUCCAAAGGCAGUAAAGGUGAUAGAAGUAAUGGCUCAACAAAACACACCGAUACAGAUGAGCAUAAUAAUAAUAACAAAAAAGGAAAUAAGGAAAGAGAAAGAGAAAGAUCUAAUAAUGCAAGAAGCAGCAAUGGCAGCAGUGCCAGCAGUAGCUGUAGCACUGUCAGCAACAGUAGCAGUAGCAGCAAUAGCAGCACAAGUGGCAGUAGUAGCAGCUCAAGUAAUGGUCUGGGAGUUGAUAUGGUGAACCACAGUGUGAGUCCUGUGGUGACAUCAUCUCCAUCCUCAGCACAUGAGAGCUGCACCUCAUCUGCCUCAACAACGCCACCCCCUUCAUUUGAUACCCCCAUCAUCCCUCCUUCACCUCCUCCCAGUUCCACAUCCCCCAUGCCGGUAUCCUGCACGGGGGAGAUCCCACAGGAGGAGUCCCCCCUACCCACACCACCCUCGUCCCUCUCAUCAUCCUCAGAGCCCUCUUCAUCCCUCCCGUUACCACAACAGUUCUCACGCUCGGCUGCCGCAGCUGCUUCUCUCUUCUCAGACAACAGCAACAGUUUCUUUUCCUCUGGGCCUUCUCUACCACUACAGCGAGCUACACCACCACUUCCACCAGCCUCAUCCCCACAACAACAGCAACAGCUCCACAACAGUCACACUAAUAGUCAACAACAGCAACAACAACAACAACAACAACAACAACAACAACAACA